CUUAUUGAUAAGUCUUAUUAAUAAAUGUUUAUCAAAAGACGGCUCUCGGAGGACUUUGCUCUCGGUUCGCUCUAACCGAACUAAUUAUUCAGCCCGAAUCAAAUUCAGAACGGUUUGUGAUCCGGUUCAACUUAUUCAUUGAAAAGAUUCAAAACAACAACGACUCGUUCACCAGUCCAGACAUCGCUAGUUCGGAUCGUGGACAGCUAGAAACUAUGAUAUUUAGUUAAAUGACGCAUACUGCACAUUUCUUCCUCCGUCUGCACGAAAGUAGUGAUGUCUUUAGAGAUCAUGGCGGUAUCACUGAGUUGUUCUGCUGGCUUUGUUCUCGGCAUGGAUCUGGGCACCACGUCAGUUAAAGUGGUGCUGCUGGAUGCGCAGUCAAAGACAGUCACAGACAGUAAGAGUUUCCCUACAAACUCUGAUACCAGCAGCACCUCCGACAUUCAUGCCAAAGAGCAGGACCCUUCACUAAUAAUCUCCGCUCUGGACCAGUGCAUGGGAGCUUUACCUAAAGACAAGCUGAAAAAAGUCAAGUGCAUUGGAGUAUGUGGACAAAUGCAUGGCAUUGUGUUGUGGAAAUCUAAAUCAGGCUGUGAAUGGCUAAGUGAAGAUCAUGAAAUCAUUAGAUUCAUUCCUAAAGACGUCAGUCAGCUGAUCACCUGGCAGGACGGGCGCUGCAGUGCUGACUUCCUGUCUUCCUUACCCAAACCAGACUCCCACCUGAGCGUGGCCACUGGCUUUGGUUGUGCCACCAUCUUCUGGUACAUGAAACACAGGCCGGAGUUCCUGUCAGGUUUCAGUGAUGCAGGCACCAUCCAAGACUAUGUGGUCUCCAUGCUGUGUAACCUUGACAAAUGUGUCAUGACUGGACAAAAUGCUGCCAGCUGGGGCUACUUCAACACAACCACCAACAAAUGGAACACACAAAUUCUGAAGGAUGCAUGUUUCCCUGUGCAGCUCUUGCCUGUCGUGGUGGAGUCCGGAGCUGUGGCUGGUCACACUUCCUCUGAGUGGUACGGCAUCCCUGCUCACACAGCGGUCGGGGCGGCGCUGGGAGACUUCCAGUGUAGUGUCUACUCCUGCAUGACUGACAAAGGAGAUGCAGUGCUGAAUAUGAGCACUUCAGCCCAGCUGACGUUCAGCAUGCCUGCAGAGUUCACCCCUCCAAAUUCUCCAGACCCCCUCUCUCCUAUUGCUUAUUUCCCAUACUUGCACGGCUCUUACCUGGCAGUGGCUGCAUCACUAAAUGGAGGCAAUGUCAUGGCCACCUUUGUCAGAAUGCUGGACUCGUGGAUGAAAGAAUUUGGAUUGGAAGUUAAUGAGUCCAGAAUCUACUCCCAACUAAUCCAGUCUGCUCUGGCACAGCCUAACACUGAUCUAACCGUGACCACAGCGCUUCUAGGAGAGCGGCAUUACCCCACUUCCAGUGCCAGUGUCUCCCAAAUCUCGCCCUCUAACCUCUCUCUGGGUCAUGUGACUCGUGCUGUGUGCAGGGGUAUUAUUGAAAACAUGGCCACUAUGAUGCCCCCUCAGAGCCUGCAGGCCGCUGGAGUGAGGUGUAUUAUUGGCAGUGGCAGCGCUCUGUCAUGUAACACAGUUCUGCAACAGGAAGCAGAGAGAGUGUUUACAUUUCCUGUAGUCUACGGAAAAGAUGUUGACUCAGCUGUUGGAGUUGCCAUGGUGUUUAAUGACCAAACAUAAGAUAUAACAUUUAAGAUAACGUCUCUGAGACAUCUGACCUGCCAGAAUGCUGGUAGGG